AUGCCCAAACUCAAUGACACAGUCUUCAUGCCCUCAGUGCUGACACUGAUUGGGAUUCCUGGCUUGGAAUCUGUGCAGUUCUGGAUUGGCAUUCCUUUCUGUGCCAUGUACAUCAUCGCUCUGUUUGGGAAUUCCCUGCUCCUGGUCAUCAUCAAAUCUGAGUCCAGCCUCCAUGAACCUAUGUAUCUCUUCCUGGCAAUGCUUGGAGCCACAGACAUUGUUCUCAGUACCUGCAUCCUACCAAAAAUGCUAGGAAUAUUCUGGUUCCAUUUACCAGAAAUAUAUUUUGAUGCCUGUCUCUUGCAGAUGUGGCUCAUCCAUACCUUCCAGUGUAUUGAGUCAGGUAUUCUGCUGGCCAUGGCCCUGGACCGCUACGUGGCAAUCUGUGAUCCUCUGAGACAUGCAAGCAUUUUUACUCACCAACUUCUCACACAGAUUGGUGUUGGAGUGACACUCAGAGCAGCCCUCCUUGUGGCUCCAUGUCUCAUCCUCAUCAAACACCGGCUGAAAUAUUACCGGACCACUGUGGUUUCCCAUUCUUACUGUGAGCACAUGGCCAUCGUGAAGUUGGCAGCAGAAGAUAUUCGAAUUAACAAGAUCUAUGGUUUGUUUGUGGCUUUCAGUGUACUUGGCUUUGAUAUAAUUUUCAUCACACUCUCCUACAUUCAAAUAUUUAUAUCUGUCUUUAGUCUGCCCCAAAAGGAAGCCAGGCUUAAAGCCUUCAACACCUGCAUCGCCCAUAUUUGUGUCUUCUUUGAGUUUUAUCUCCUAGCUUUCUUCUCCUUCUUUACACACAGGUUUGGUUUUCAUAUUCCACCUUACGUUCAUAUUCUUUUGUCCAACCUUUACUUGCUUGUUCCACCUUUGCUCAAUCCUGUUGUUUAUGGUGUGAAGACCAAACAGAUCCGAGAUCAAGUGUUCAAAUUUUUCCACUCUAAGGAUGCUUCUUGA